AUGCUUCGACAUCGUCAAAGAGACGAAGAAGCAGGCGGUGACGGCCUGGGUGUGAUUGAAAGCCGCAAGAAACUGUGGCGUGACGCGGAUGGCAAUAUUGUCAGCAAGCGACCAGCUGGAGGCGAUGAUCACCGACCUACUAUGAAAAGGAAAGCAUUUGACCAACCAAGCCAAUCUCAGCGGGAUGGGCUUCUGAACAGUUAUGAUUUUGAAAUCCCGCAAACAGAACCUCUUUCGCCCCCAAAGUCGAUGUUGGGAGCGGAAUCUAUGGAUGGCCCUUUGCCAAUGCCCGAGUUCUACAACGAUAAUGCAUUUGCUGAGUCUGCGAAUGGACCAGACACUAGCAUGUUCGACUUUCUCGCCAACUCAUCAUGGGGUAGCAAUACCACAUCUUCGUCCAUGUGUACUGGGGGAGGAAUGCCGUCUGAGGACAUGUUCAAUCCAGACACAGCAAGCUCUUUUAACAUGCCUUUCACUACGAUGAAUAACUACAACUGGCUUUUUGACCUUGGUGAAAUGGGUAAAGUCGCAGGAGAUCCGCAGCAGGACUUCAACUAUGCGUCAAACAUGAUGAUUAUACGCCAGGACCAGAUACGACCUCCCACUUACCAUCACGCUGAGAUGUCGAACGAGUAUGGCUACGUUGCUGAGAGCGCUGUUCCACACCCACAACAAAUACCAAGCGCUUCGGAUGCCCAAAAUGAGCAGAUUCGGACUGACCAGAUCCAUGCUUACCUAUCAAGUGCGUCACAACUUGAUAGACCAUCUAACACCAACAUUUCACAGACCUUUCCGAUCUCGCCAUCUUCACUAGCCUCAGGGCCAUUACUGACAGCAUCAAGAGCUGACUCGCAGCCUGCUUCAACCCCAGAGACAUCAGAUGAUCAUUCAUCAAACCAUUUCCCCAAGAAGCCACGGCAAGCACCAACCAUGACGGCAAUGCUGGAGGAAAAUAUUCCUCUGCCACAAGCCCGUAUGCCCAAGAUCGAUCAGGUAUCUCGCAAUGAGAUAUUGAAGCUGCUUGCGGUGGCGAGCCCCCGAACACCGGAAGGCACAGAAAUCGACUCUGAUCAUCCUGAUUUAACGCUUUCUGCCAUGCAGAACUACCUAGAUCUGUUCUUUUCUCGAUUCAACGUCGCAUAUCCAUUAUUACAUCAGCCAACUUUUGAUCCCUCGGAAACCCACACUCUACUUCUCCUUGCUGUACUGCUAUUAGGGGCCACUUACAGCAAGAAGGCUGUCCACCGGUUGGCGGUAUGUAUUCAUGAUGUCUUGCGGGGACAAAUAUUCCAGCACCCAUCCUUCUCUGCAGUUCCAGAGUUAUGGAUGCUGCAGACUAUUCUUUUAGUCGAAUGUUUCGGGAAAUCAAGAGCGGGACAGAAGCAGCAUGAUAUGGCUCAUCUAUUCCAUGGAUUAUUGAUCAAUCUCAUUCGGAGGAGCGACUGUCAAACUGUCCGCCCGCUAAAUAUUGGAGAGUCCUCUGGAGACCUCGAAGCGGAUUGGAAGAAGGCAAUAGAUUGUGAACUUCGGAAAAGACUUGCCUUCCUUUGCUUCCUUUGGGAUACACAACACGCAGUACUGUUCUCUCAAUCACUCUGCAUGUCUUCAUUUGAACUCCGCACCACGUUGCCAUGCAACCAAGCAGCAUGGGAAGCGAGAUCUGCGGAAGAGUGGUGGAAACACGCAAAGAAAGAACCCCAGAUUUCCUUCUUAGCAGUAUUGAAGUCAUACAUGAAUCCCGACUCUGGGUCGAAUAUCCCGGAGCUAAAUGCUCUGUCCCGGCUCCUCAUUCUACAUGGACUGAUGUCCAUUCAGUGGGACAUGAAACGCAGAGAUCAGACAUCUCUUGGCAUUGAGAGUUCACUUUCGAUGAAUCAAACCAAAUGGCAGGAUCGAUUAGCUCAUUCUUACGAUGCAUGGAAAGCCGACUUCGACACGUAUUGCAUGAAUAUGUCUCUCUCGCUGACGACACCGUCUCGAAAAGCCGAAUUUCUUCGGUUCAGCACGGCAACAGUCGCUAUCUACCAUGCAGCCCAUGUAACUCUCAACGUGGAGAUUCUGGACCUCCAAAUAUAUGCUGGUGCUCGCCAUAUUAUUGGAAGACCCGUCACCCGAGCAGAUUAUGAUCGAUCACGACGUAUUGUUAAAGAAUGGGCGCGGCCGGGUGGCUCUACCCCUGCAGCAAAGGCCGCAUGGCACGCAGCACAUCUCCUCCGGGAUGGAAUCAUGAAUCUCGAUAACUGGGACGUGAACAAUGCUUUUCACUAUCCCUGGUGUUUAUACAUUGCCACCCUCACAUGCUGGGCGUUCCACUUUGCAAAUUCCUCGAAUAUGACUCAGGACAGGAGCGUGUCGUCCAAUCAGCGGCACGCCGGAGCUGGUGAUCAUGAAAGAGACAAUGGUGAGAUAGACGACGGCAUUGUAUGGCACGCGAAGUCGGAGAUGAAUGCUCUGGUAAGUAGCAUGACCAGUGUGACACCCGAGAGUAUCUGGAGAGUCCUAGGUAAGUACAGCACUUCAGGACUGACAGCCGUUAUGGCCAAGCAUUUGAGCAAUGUUCGGUGGGCAGUGGUUCACGAAGGCAUGAAGGUGCUGAGGGGUCUAGUCCCCGAGCGCUCUAUUAAUGAGUAUGAGGCAUUUCUGAGAUAG